UCUUACCCCAUUAUUGAUAAAAUAAUUUAUAAGAAUUUAAAUUUAUUAUUCAAAUUGUUAAAGAGAAAUGUAUAAAGCAUUUCCCAUGAGAUCGUUUUCCUGGCUAGAAAAAAGAUGCACAAAGUCUUUUUUUCAAAUAAAUAGAAGAAUUGGAACUAUUCCUCCUGAAUUUUUUAAAGUUGGCGAUCAUGUUAAAACUGCAUUUAAAAAUUAUCAACCAGUUAUUGCUCUUGAAUCAACAAUAAUAACUCACGGAAUGCCCUAUCCAGACAAUUUAAGCACUGCUCUAAAGGUUGAAAAUAUUGUGAAAAAAUAUGGUGCUUAUCCGGCAACUGUUGGAGUUAUUGAUGGAAAGUUGAUAGUUGGUCUAGACACUGAUGAAAUCAAGUAUUUAUCAUCAAAGAAGACAGAAUUUCUUAAGAUAUCAAAGCGAGAUCUUAGUUAUGUUUUAAGUAAGAAGCUAAGUGGUGGGACUACAGUAUCUUCUACAAUGUUUGCUUCACACCUAGCCGGAAUAAAGGUAUUUGUUACAGGAGGUAUUGGCGGAGUUCAUAGAGAAGUUUUUCAAACUUUGGAUAUAAGCUCAGAUCUUACAGAACUGGGUAGAACUCCAGUUGCUGUUGUUUGCGCUGGGAUAAAAUCAAUUCUUGAUAUAAAGUUAACGUUAGAGUAUUUGGAAACUCUUGGGGUACCAGUAAUAACGUAUGGAAAAUCUAAAACAUUCCCAGCAUUCUACUGUUCUGACAGUGGGCAUAUGGCACCUAUGUGUCUAGACAAUGUUGAAGAUAUUGCUAAAAUGCUUUACUGUCAUAACCAACUUGGUGUCAAAAGUGGAGUUGUUAUUGGUGUGCCAAUACCUGAAGAAUUUUCAGCAGAUAGCUCUGCCAUAGAGAAUAUAAUACAAAAGGCUUUAGCUGAAGCAAGUUCAAAGAACAUUGUUGGUAAAGAUAUUACACCAUUUAUAUUAAAUCGUGUUGUACAACUAUCUGAUGGAAAGUCAUUAGUUUCAAAUAUUAUGCUGAUAGAAAAUAAUGCAAAAGUUGGUGCUCAAAUAGCAAAAUCUUACUCUUCAAUAGUAAACAAGCAUGGUUGCAUCUCAGACAACAGUGAACAAAAAAAAAAAACUUUGAAGAUCAAUAUGGAAUACACUGAAAAUAAGAGGCCUGUAGUAAUUGGUGGAUCAGUUUUUGAUAUAGUUUCAAAAGCAAAGAAUGUGGAUUCAAAAGCUGAAACAAAAAGCCCUGGAAAUAUAUAUCAAGGCUAUGGUGGUGUAGCAAGAAAUAUUGCUGAAUGUUUAACUCGACUUGGUACCAAUCCCUUUCUCAUCAGUACAGUUGGUUUAGAUGAUUUUGGAGAAAUGAUGAUUGCUAACAUGCAAAAAAUAAAUAUGGAUACGUCAGGGGUGAUGAGAUCUAAAAAAUCGACUGCUUGUUACUCAGCAAUGUUAAAUAAAAAUGGAGAUUUACUAAUGGGUGUUGGUGAUAUGGAUAUAAAUGAAGAAUUGACACCGAUAACGAUUGAAAAGUAUGAAGGUGUAAUUCAAAAAGCUCCGAUAGUUAUUAUGGAUGCUAACAGUAAACAUGAAACUAUUCAAACUGUUUUGUUGAUGUGUAAAAAACACAAUGUUCCAGUAUGGUUUGAACCAACUUCCGUUAGCAAAGCUAGUGUUGCCUUCUCAACAAAAAGUAAACUUCAUAUAAACUUUGCUUCGCCGAAUUUCAACGAGCUUAAAGCUAUACACACAACACUCUCAACAAAAAAAAAACAUCCAGUUCUACAAGAAAGGAAGUUUUCAGAAGACGUUUCUUUAAAUGAAGUUAUUAAUAAUUGUGUUCACUAUGCAGAUGAGUGUGCUCAAUAUGUAAAUAAUUUAAUUGUGACUUUGGGAAAACAUGGUGUAUUAGUUUUAACCAGAGCUCCUUUUGACGAACCUUUUUCAUAUGAACUUGUUAAUAAUGCUUUGUCGGCAAAACUUUAUCCUUCCUCUAAAGAAUCCUUUUCGUUACAAAUAAAAAAUGCGAGUGGAGCUGGAGAUAGCUUUGUUGCUGGCGUUGUAUUUGGCAUUUUGCAAAAAUACGAUGCAGACACAUGUAUUCGAUCUGGUCUUUUGGCGGCAAAUCUAAGCUUACAGUCUUACAAUGCUAUAUCUGAAGAAGUUACACCUGAAAAGUUUUCUUUUGUAAAUAUUCGCAAUUGGGGUAAUUUUGAGCCACAAAAAAUAUUUUGAUUUUAGAAAACGUUUUUAGUUCACAAUAAGUGUCCAAAAGAAGCUUUUUUUCACAUUUCUUUUCUAAAUACGUUUCCUGUAAAAAAUGUAGAAAUGUGAAAUUACAAACAGUACUUUUUAUAUGUAGAAACAUUUUUUAGCGUUUUAAAAUUUAAUUUGUAAAACUUUUGCUGUUGAAAUAUAAAUAAAUCUGCAACAAAUGCUUUACAACACUUCCACAACUAUCGGGAACCAAAAGUCGAAUACCAGAAUUGUUUUUGUAUAAUUCAAUUGCUCCCUUAAUGGCUGUGGAUAAAAGCCUUCAUAUAUAUUUAUAAUAACACUUUUCUCGGCGAGACUUCUAAAAUCGUAUCGUUAAAAGUGAAUGCGUGGAGUUCAAAGUUAUUAAAUAUAAUGAUGAAAAUUUUGUUAAAUACCAGUAUUGUUCAACUUUUACGGCAAUAACAGCCACCUUUUUUUUUAUUCAGGAAAUAAAAAAGUUACAAAUGUUUCUUACUCUACUCAAUUGUUAUGAUUCGAACUCAAGUUUCGAAGUUAAACUUUAAUCCAAGUCAAAUUUUACUUGUCAGGAAGAUCGUUCAAAAUUUAUUUUGGUUCGUAUAGUUGCUGUUAAUCUAUCUCAUACCUGAUUAUAAAUUGUCAAAAGUAUUGAUAUUUAAAAAAUUAAUCUGCUUAAAGUAUUAAAAUUCCAAGUACAAGACAAGCUAUAACUUUAAUGUUUUAGAAAUAUGAAUAAAAUCUUUAAAACAAGAUGAUUUAUGGUUUGACAAAUAAAAAAUGAUGCUAAAUUUUCAUUGACUAUGCAUGAAUGAACAUUUGAUAGAAAGCGAAGGUAUAUGUGGCUAAACUUACACCUGUCGGAUAAACUUGCUUUCUUGCCUAAACUUACACUUGUCGGAAUGAUUAGAAUUGUUGGCUCUAAUAACGCUAAAGACAGUUUAAAUUGACUGAAACAAAUAAUUUAAUAGCAGAUAAUUUGCUCUUUUAUGAAAUACAUCAACGAUA